AGUUUCACAUAGAUCAACAAGAACAUCAGCAUGAUGCUGUCCUUGAUCAUAAUUUAUUUAAAAGAAAAUGAUGUUCUUCAAGUAAUGCUUUGUACAAAAUAAUAUAAUAAUACCCCCCACAGACAUGGAGGUUCUUAGAUCUUCCCAUACUUUGUCCCUUUACUUUUCUAAUCUAUUAAAAAAAGCCCCCCAUCGAAUUCAACACCUUACCAAAGCAAGUCAAAGCUCUCUUCCCAAUCUUUUGUAUAACAGAGAGAGAGAGAGAGGGAGAGAAGAGAACAGAGUAUUUGUAGAUUUGGAUAAGGACACACAAAUAUUUGGUUUGACACAACAGAGACCAUCAUGCUCAUGCAUGUAUCUAUAUAGUCUAACAAAGAUUUUCACAAUUUCAAAAUCCCAAAAACCAUUCUUUAGAAAUUACCCAUUAAAAUAAUAAAAUCUUACAGAGUUAAAACAAAACCUCCUACUGCAUAGUUCAUCUCCGACGGCUAAAAAUCAACUUCCCAGAAAUUUCCCUCACCAUAUACGACAAUUUCAACCUUCAAACAUGGCUGACUUGAUUUCUAGUAUAUUCAAUUCGGAUAUAAAUACAACAAACUUACAUUACCUCGUUAGCCGUUCUCCAAAUUUGAAAUCUAAACUUCUUUUUUUUCUCUGCUGUAGUAGUAGUGCUCUGUUUCACAGUGUUAAUAAAUUAGAACUAAAUAAAAAAAAAAAAAAAGAAGAAAAAGAAGAAAAAUGGAAGGAAAGAGAACUGGAAAUGAAGGAAAGAGAUCGACAAAUGAAAGUCGUUACCGAGGGAUAAGGCGACGGCCAUGGGGGAAAUUCGCGGCGGAGAUUCGUGAUCCGUCGAGGAAUGGUGCUCGGUUGUGGUUAGGGACGUUUGAUACGGCGGAAGAAGCAGCGAGGGCGUACGAUCAAGCGGCGUAUGCGUUCAGAGGACAUUUGGCGAUUUUGAAUUUUCCGAAUGAGUACCAAAGUGGAAACCCUAACUUUGGGGCGGGGUAUGGUUCUUCUGCGGCGCCUGGUUCUUCAUCAACAACGACAAUAUCUUUCGGGGGAAAUUACUCCGGCAACAAUGCGAGGCGUGGAUCGGGGGAAGUGAUCGAGUUUGAGUAUUUGGACAAUGAGCUCUUGGAGGAGCUCUUGCAAUCGGAAGGGGAAGGGUAUAAUCGGAAGAAUUGAGGAAAUUAUUUGUGCAACCCCGAGAUAUUAUUUUAUUUUUUUUCCUUCUAAAAAUGGAAAAAAAAAAAGGAAAAGGAAAAUUUAUUUUGGGGAUUUAAAUUUUAUAAUUUUGGAUUAAUUUGAUUUGGUUUGUUCAGUUGUUGUAAAUUUGUUGUACUACUAAAAAAUAUAUUAUAUUGUUAUUCGUUUGAAAUGGUUAAAGAAAAAUUAUGUUUGUUUUUUUGGUUAA